CUUUCUUUCUCUUUCUUCGUUUCCUUAUGUCUUCGAUUUCGCCAGGGCCGGCAAGCCCGACGCCUUCAUUUGUUUUGAAGAAUAUUACUAUUGACGAUACCGACUCCUCUCUGAAGUACUCUCAGGGCUGGAACCGGAGUGUGUCGUCUCCUGCUUUUGGUGGUUCUUUCCAAUCUACGGAUCGUAUUGGUGAAGUUGUUUCAUUUUCUUUACCUGCCAAUGCGGUAGCUCUUUAUUAUAUUGGCUUCAAGCAAUCCUCUGGAGCUCUUUACGAAGCCUGUUUGGAUUGCUCAACGAAGAAUUCCAAUAACGUCGAUGUAAUCGAUGGCCACACCGACGGACGACCCUCUUCAGAACCCACGUUAUUAUACCAAAAGACUAAUUUAGACCCAAGUGUGCGCCAUUCGCUGGCUUUGCUCAAUGUACCAGACAGUAGAUUUGGGAACACUAGUACGAUCACUGUUGAUGCCUUCCUUGUAACUGUCGCCGAUGAUGUUCAAUCAUCAACGACCACAACAACUUCAAUGAUGAGCUCGAUGAGUGGAAUGUCUUUGAUGGCCAUGAAUCCUGCAAGUGAUAUUCAGGACGUGCCGUCAUCCACUUCGCCACCCGACAUCCAGGUUGCCCCACUAACUUCGAUUCCAUACCCGUCGUCUACCGCCUCCAUGAAUACCGCCUCGCAAAAUCAGAAUGAUCUCAGCCCAGGCCAGCGCACUGCGCAGAAGAUGCGCUCCCCGCUAGUCAUAACUGGCGUUAUUCUUGGGACCCUCUUCAUCGUAUUCACAGCACUAUUUGCGCUUAUGUACUUCAUGCGUCGGCGGAAGCGGAAGAUGACGGCUCCGGUUAUGACGGAAGGGCACUGGGCCGCAAGGUUCUUUGGAGAUAAAGGACGUACGGAGGGGAAACGUGAGGGCUGGCUUGAUUGGCAAGGUGCCAGAAUCGAAGCAGGAACGGCAAUGGGAGGAGA